GGUCGUCGCUCAUGCUCUCCAACUCGCUGGUUUUCAUCUCUCUGUCAUCGGGGAGAGAAAGAGGGGGGAGUGCGCUGUUUCUCUAUCCCUGCCCCAGACCCUCCUCCUCUGGUAGCCCGUCCAUCUCAGAAUAUCGGCGGUGAGUUUAUGGGGAGAGUGGCCGCUCCCUGCAGCGGCCCCGGCAGGAUCGUGUCCUUUCUCACCGCAGUUCCGUGCUUAUUGUGCAAACAGCGGCGGCGGCGGCAUCAUCAUCAGUCUGUGGCAGUGGACCGGGGCAGGAGGAGCAUGAGCGAGCAGGGCAAGAGUGCCGCGUCCACGCCAGCGAGCGGGACACCAGCCCCGGGCUCGGACACCUACAAAGGCUGGCUCUUUAAAUGGACUAACUACAUCAAAGGUUACCAGCGCAGAUGGUUCGUGCUCAGCAACGGGCUGCUCUCCUAUUACAGGACACAGGCAGAGAUGGCCCAUACGUGCCGUGGCACCAUCAACCUGGCCACGGCGCACAUCGACACCGAAGACGCCUGCAAUAUUGUUCUGAGCAGUGGGGGGCGCACGUACCAUCUGAAAGCCAGCACAGAGGUAGAGAGGCAGAGAUGGGUCACAGCACUGGAGCUGGCCAAGGCCAAAGCCAUCCGAAUGAUGAACGAUCAGUCCGACAAUGGCUCCACAGCCCCGCUAACACACUGUUAUCAGUCUGAUGACUCUGCGGACGAGGAGCCCACAACUCAGUCAGACCAAAGUGAGAUCCAGGGUACUCUCAAGACUCUGGCCAGUAAGUUGGAUGACUUGAGCACGUGCAAUGAUCUGAUAGCCAAGCAUGGUGCGGCUCUGCAGCGGUCUCUGAGUGAGCUCGAGACCUUACGUGUGCCUCUGGAGGGAGGAGAGAAAAUCAAGGCUGUCAACGAGAGAGCCACCCUCUUUCGCAUCACUUCCAAUGCUAUGAUCAAUGCGUGUCGAGAUUUCUUGGAGCUUGCAGAGAGCCACAGCCGCAGAUGGCAGCGAGUACUUCAGCAUGAGCGAGAGCAGCGCACACACCUGGAGGAGACCAUUGAGCAACUAGCCAAGCAGCACAACAGCCUGGAACGAGCCUGGAGAGAGGCUCCCGCGCACGCUGUCAACACACCCAAUACACCCACCACCAACACGGGAGUGAGUGAAAGGCCCAGGAAAGAGGAAGCGAGUGAUGAAGAUGAGGAUACGGAGUAUUUUGAUGCCAUGGAAGACUCACCUGCUUUUAUAACAGUGACUGCCACAGACCCCUCUCACCACAGACGUUCUCAGAGUAAUCUCAGUGGUGCUAGUGGAGGACAGCCCAGUGACUGGAACCAGGAAGACAAUGGUUCUGUGAGCAGUAAUGAAUUUUCAGGGAAAGAGCUGCAGCCUCACAGGAAGAGGCGGACCCAGAUCCCAGAGAAGCCCAACUAUUCGCUCAAUCUGUGGAGCAUCAUGAAGAAUUGCAUUGGCAAAGAACUCUCUAAGAUCCCAAUGCCUGUGAACUUCAACGAGCCCCUGUCCAUGCUGCAGCGCUUGACGGAAGAUUUGGAGUACCACGAGCUGCUGGAUAAGGCGGCGCGCUGUGAGAACUCUCUGGAGCAGAUGUGUCUGGUCGCAGCCUUCUCCGUCUCUUCAUACUCCACCACAGUGCACCGGACAGCCAAGCCCUUCAACCCUCUCCUGGGAGAGACCUACGAACUGGACCGCCUGGAAGAAUUCGGCUAUCGUUCCCUCUGUGAACAGGUCAGUCAUCAUCCGCCGGCAGCCGCUCAUCAUGUGAUGUCACAGCGAGGCUGGACCCUGUGGCAGGAAAUCACCAUCGCUAGCAAGUUCCGUGGCAAAUACCUCUCCAUCAUGCCUCUGGGUGCGAUCCACCUACAGUUUCAUGCGAGUGGAAACCACUAUGUGUGGCGUAAAGUCACGUCCACCGUGCACAACAUCAUUGUGGGCAAACUGUGGAUUGAUCAGUCAGGAGAUAUAGACAUAGUCAACCACAGGACCAAAGAGACCUGUCAGCUCAAGUUCUCUCCGUACAGUUACUUUUCAAGGGAAGUCCCACGAAAGGUCACAGGGGUGGUGAAGGACAGUGAAGGCCAGGCCCACUACAUCCUGUCAGGUACAUGGGAUGACAAGAUGGAGAGCGCCAAGAUCGUGCAGAGUAGCAGAGGAAGCAGCAGCUCUGAGGGCAAACAUAAGACUGUCUAUCAGACGCUCACACCCAAACUGCUGUGGAAGAAAUACCCUCUACCAGAGAAUGCUGAGAACAUGUACUGUUUCUCCUCUCUGGCUUUGACCCUGAACGAGGAAGAGGAGGGUGUGUGUUGGACGGACAGCAGGCUGAGGCCGGACCAGCAGCUGAUGGAAGCGGGACGCUGGGACGAGGCCAACGUAGAGAAACAGAGGCUGGAGGAAAAACAGAGAGCCACGAGGAGGAGGAGAGAAGCUGAGGCCUCGAAGGCCAUCGAUGAAGGACAGGACUUUGAAGGCUACAUACCGCUGUGGUUCCACCAGAGGACGGAUAAACUGACGGGAGAGACUACUUACGUUUAUAAGGGGGGUUACUGGGAGGCCAAAGAAAGACAAGACUGGAAUAUGAGUCCUGAUAUCUUUUGAACAUGCAAAACAAUUGACUGACUCUUCAGACAGACAAGAGGAAUAAACCCUCUACAUGGACUCAUCAUGGCCUUGUGUGUGUGUGUGUGUGUGUUUAAGUGUGUGUUUGCAGCCCAAUGAUAUAUAUCUUUGCCCGAAUCUUAAACAGACUACUAAAAUGGGAAAACAGAAGGAUGUUCUCUCUGAAGUUCACCUCAAAGACGAGUGUGUGGGAGAAAUGCGCAGUUGAACUCUUAGCCAAAUGCCGCCCCAGUUUAUCUUCCAAAGCAAAUCAGGUUCUUUUUAUUGAGUACAACCCCGUGAGAAAUGCACUUUCCGCUCUUCCCAGCAGUGAAGUACACUGGACUCAGUCUGUUUAUCAAAGAUGUUCCUCCCCGUCCCAUGCUGGCCUGGACCGCACAUGAAGAAACUCACAUAUGAAGGAGAGACUCGCUCGACUUAACACGACGCAGUACUUCUUUUAGUUUCAUAUCAAUAACAGUACCAUAUUUGGGCAAGGGAAGUUCUUGUAUUUGAAUAUUCCAGGAGCACAAUCAGGCUCUCUUAUUGGACACACAGCUGAAGACUUUCUCACUGGCUCCACCCACUUUGCAUAGCAAAUGACAGUAAAGUUUCAUCUCAUGUCUUCAGUUAACCAAUGAGCUUCAGGCAAGCAUUAAAAGAGCCCUUGUGUCUGUUGUAUUGGACAGUGUAGGUAUUCGGACACAAAUGUGUUUUACACCCGUGAAUUGUAAUGCACAUGAAUUAGCUGCUUCCUGCAUUGGCUCAGUGGAGCCCCCAGUGGUCAUUAUCUUGUUACUGUGACAGUCACAGUACUCUGCAUAUCAAUGCAAUUUAAAAAUAUAUACUUUUUUGUACAAUCAGGAUAUUAAAUGAAUGAAUGAAUGAACGAUCAACUAAUAAAAGUAAACAAGUCACCCGCUUGACUCACUAAGAGGACAUAGCAAACAAUCAGAAUACAAAGUGUGAUACUGAAAACACAAGCAAACAGCUUGCUGACCUUGUUUUGUGUUCAUAGCAUGCUUGUAUUUAUUAGCAGUAGAGAAUGUGGUUUAAAACACCCACGAUUAAGGGGAUUGCUGUAUUUCACAGUACAUUAUAGUGAUAGAAGUACAUUGUAGUACAGUACUUUGUGACAGAAAUACCGAUUUAAAAUGUCUUCUUAAGGUAAAUCAUCAGGACUCAGGAGUGAUUAAAAAAAAGGAUUUCUGUUGUUUUGCAGAGCACUUUGAAACACUAGCCCCCAAGCUGUAUAACAGAAACAAAUCUACAGUAUUUCUUUUAUGUUUAGCAAGUUCUAAAGCAGUGAUUCAGACCUGACAUCACUGGAGAUCAGAAUUGCUAUCAAAGUCUAGAAUAAAGCUGGAGGUCUUAUUUUGUGUUCACACCACUGUAUGUAUUUUGUGAUAACCAUAAUUAUUAUUACUUUAAUGAAGAAAAUCGAAGUAAUGAUGCCAUGCCAUCCUAAUAAAUGCUGUUUUAGUACAAACCUGAAUUUUAACCAAGAGGUUUACUUGUAAACGGAUAUUUUAAUUCCAAAUGAUCCAGCUAGUCAAAGUUUCAUUUUUGACAAGCUGUCACUGUAUGAUUAUACAUGUACACAUUUUCUAUUAAAACUCCCUGACUUGGA